CGCAAAUCCCUGGAACCGGAUCCCUGGUCUCCUUUGUGCAAGGUGAGACCCGUGCGCACGGCUCCCCCCCAUCCCGGGGUGCGUGUCUCUUCACUAUCUCGAGAAUAAAAAGAGAAAGAGAUCGUGUGUUUCCCUCCCCGACCCCCUCCGGGACGAUGAGGACCGCAGCCGAACUUUGAGUCUCUGCGGGUCGGACCGCCGCUCCGGGACCUGGUCCCGGUUUCCCCUGCUCGGAGUCCCUGCAGGACUGAAGGAUGGUGCUGGACCAGGAGGACAGUGUGUCUGUGGUGUCGCUCCAGUCCAGAGAGAAGCCCCGAGGCUGCGCCGGCUGCAACGGGAAGAUCCGGGACCGCUUCAUGCUGCAGGCCCUGGACCGGUUCUGGCACGAGGACUGCCUGAAGUGCGCCUGCUGCGACUGCCGCCUGGGCCAGGUGGGCUCCACCCUCUACACCCGGGCCAACCUCAUCCUCUGCCGCAGAGACUACCUGAGGCUGUUCGGGGUGACGGGGAACUGCGCCGCCUGCACUAAGCUGAUCCCGGCCUUCGAGAUGGUGAUGAGAGCCAGAGACAACGUCUACCACCUCGACUGCUUCGCCUGCCAGCUCUGCCGCCAGAGAUUCUGCGUGGGAGACAAGUUCUUCCUGAAGAACAACAUGAUCCUGUGCCAGCUGGACUACGAAGGAGGCCAUCUCAACGGCGGCGCCGAGAGGCCGCCCCAGUGA